AUGCCCCUGGGUAUCUUGGAAGACUCCAAACUCGAGCACGUCCCGGGCACAGCUCCACUGAACGAGCUGGGACGCACCGACCUGGAGAUUGCAAACGACAUUGAUCCUCGGCUGCUCAAGCACGAUGCAUCGGGCCAGAUUGUCUUGAUUCCGCAGCCCUCGGACUCGCCAAAUGACCCGUAUAAUUGGCCAAAAUGGCAAAAGGAGAUGUUCACCGUCGUCAUCGCGUAUGGGUGCGGGUGUGUAGGCGCCGUCGGACCCCUUUUUACCUCGGCCUUUGUUCCCAUGUCCGAACAGUUUGGCGUUUCUUUGCAGAGAUUUACACUGGGCGCCAAUGGUUCCUGUACCGCUGCUAUUGCUGUUGGGAGCCUUUUCUGCAAUACUUUAGCAGUCAAGAUUGGGAAACGACCCAUCUAUAUUGCUACUACGCUUGGAAUGGCAGUGACGAGUUUCUGGGCUGCCGAGUCGACGACUCUUGGGUCGCUUAGCGCUGCCAGAGCUGUUCAGGGUAUCUGCAUGGCUCCUUUCGAAGCACUGAUCCCGUCCUCUGUUGGAGACAUAUGGCAUGUACACGAACGUGGAUUCCGAAUGGCAAUCUUCAAUCUCGGUGUCCUUGGUGGUAUUAACUUAGCUAGCCCCAUAGCUGGUCCGAUUAUUCAAUACGGCUCAUACAAAGCGUGCAUGCAUGCAAUGGGCGGUGCGUUCGUCCUGAUGCUAGUUCUCGUCAUCUUCUUCAUGCCGGAAUCGGCGUUCCACCGUGUGAAUGCUUUAAACAUCGACACGGGCGUCCACACCGUUGACAUGGAAAAGAAGGAAAAGGAAGAAGCCGUAGCGCACAUCGAAGACGACCAACAGCUCCAACACUCACCAUCAGAACCUCGCGACCCUUAUGUCAAGACUCUGAAGAUCUGGUCCGGCUACUGGGACCAAGUCUCCUUCUGGAGGACCUUGAUCCGCCCGUUUGUCGUCAUCGCUAGUCCCGCCGUUAUAUGGGCGACACUGCUCUUCACUAUCUGCAUCUCCUGGCUGGUCCUGAUAUCCAUUACGUUAUCGCAGAUUUUCUCGGGCCCGCCGUACAAUUUUUCCGUCAGCGAGGUGGGUGCCACAAACGUCUCGUCGUUUGUCGCGUCGCUGCUAGCCACCCUGAUAGCCGGGACAGUCGUUGACGGAGUAGCCAAAGUCAUGUCGAAGCACAACCACGGCAUUUUCGAACCAGAGUUCCGCCUCCCAGUCAUGGUCACGUAUCUUGUCUUCACCGCAACCGGCUUCUUCGCCUGGGGCCAGGCGCUGUACAAGGCGGAUCCCUGGCCCGUUCCCGUUGUCGUAUGCCUGGGCAUCAUCAAUUUUGGCGUCCAGCUCGGCACCACCGGCGUCGUGACCUACGUGAGCGACUGCCACCGCGAGCAGUCCGCCGAAGCCUUUGCCAUUAUGAACUUCCUCAAGAACUUUUUUGCGUUCGGUCUCACGUUUUACUCAAACGACUGGAUUGCUACGCAGGGCGUAAGAAACACUUUUUAUGUUAUUGGAGGCAUCACCAUUGCGGUUACGCUGACGACGAUUCCCAUGUAUAUUUAUGGGAAGCGCGCGCGCAGCUGGGUCGCGAGGUCCGGGGUGCUGGAUAGCGUUUUGGCGCGUAAGUAGUGUGCAAUUAUCGACAUGGGGGGUGGUUGUCUUGCUCGGUAACUGGUAAUGUGUUGGUGUUUCGAUGUGAUAACGAGAUGCAUCUUGAGUUAUU